AUGUGCAUUGAGUUCUACAGGAACGUGUUGUGCCGAGACUGUGGCAGACUUGAGGAGGAGAAGAAGAAGAAGAAGAAGAAGAAGAAGACACAGGAGGUAGAAAUGAACGAUGGGGUACUUGAGGAGAUAGGGGUAAUACCUGCUGUGAAUGGCUAUCUUGAGCCUAGAGCAGUAUAA